GGAAAGACACUGCUGAUCCUGUAACAUGGAGGAUUGUCUUCAUACCUCAUCUGAGAAUCUGUCCAAAUUGGUCAGCUGGGCCCACAGCCAUGGGACCAUUUGCAGCCUCAUUCCAAACCUGAAACACUUGCUUUCUGAAGGUUCCCAUGGGAACCUGACUGCAAUGUGGGGCUGCAGUGCUGGCCAUGCUUACCACUGGCCACUAACAGCUACUUGCAGAGCUGGGUCCCAAGAGAGGGUCUGCUUCCAGGAUAACAGAAGUUUUAACUCCGAUAGUCCCAGUAUAAUUGGGGUGCCUUCUGAGACACAGACUAGCCCUGUCGAAAGGUACCCAGGGAGACCUGUGAAGGCAAAGCUAGACUGUAACCGGACCAGAGACUCUUGUGACUUCUCUUAUUGCAGUGAGCCUUCUGAACUGGACGAGGCUGUUGAGGAAUAUGAAGAUGAAAACACUCUUUUCGACAUGGUUUGUGAGUCUUCGGUUACAGAUGAGGAUAGUGACUUUGAACCCCAAACCCAAAGGCCUCAAAGUAUCACUCGCAAAAGGCCUGGCAUAGUCCCGUCUUCCCUCCACUCAGGCUCCCAGGCGCAGAUGGUUGAUGAAUGCAGCAAUGAUGUCAUUAUCAAGAAAAUCAAACAGGAGAUUCCCGAAGAUUACUACAUUGUGGCAAAUGCAGAGCUUACUGGAGGGGUAGAUGGACCAGCCCUGUCAUUGACACAAAUGGCAAAACCCAAGUCUCAGGCUCAUGCUGGCCCCUCCUGUGUUGGGUCUGCUAAGCUGAUUCCUCAUGUAACAUCUGCCAUCAGCACAGAACUGGACCCACAUGGUCUUUCUGCAUCCCCCUCUGUCAUCUCCAGACCAAUUGUCCAGAAGACUGCCAGGGUAUCUCUGGCUUCACCAAACAGAGGACCUCCUGGUGCCCAUGGCACCAACCAGCAGAUGGCUAUGCAGAUGCCUGUGAGCACAUCCCAUCCUAACAAACAGAUCAGUAUCCCUUUGUCUGCCCUGCAGCUGCCUGGACAAGAUGAUCAAGUGGCUUCUGAAGAAUUCCUGUCCCAUCUGCCCAGCCAAGUCUCCUCCUGUGAGGUAGCUCUUUCUCCUUCAGUUAACACCGAACCAGAAGUGAGCUCUAGUCAGCAGCAACCCGCUGUCGCUCCAACCAUUACCACCGAAGCCACAGCACAGUGCAUACCAGACCAGGAUGAAAGAGCGGCGGAGCUCAGCAGGGAGCAGAACGAGAAAACCAUCCGGAGCACGCAGACCGCGCUCCGCAAUUUCCCUUAUUCUACUAAGCUCAACAAAUUUCCUGUAUUUAAUAUUAAUGAUGACUUGAAUGAUCUGUGUACCAGUGCAGUAAGCCCAAACACUACCAAAGCCACGCGGUACGCUCUGAACGUGUGGCGAUAUUGGUGCCUGACCAACGGGCUCAAAGAUCACACGGACAUCACCAAGAUCCCUGCAGUAAAGUUGAACGAGCUGCUUGAGAACUUUUAUGUCACCGUUAAGAAGAGUGACGGCUCAGACUUCCUGGCCACCUCGCUCCAUGCCAUCCGCCGAGGCCUGGACCGCAUCCUGAAGAAUGCAGGUGUGGGUUUCUCCAUCACCAGCAGCACCUUCAGCUCUUCCACCAAGAAACUCAAGGAGAAGCUGUGGGUGCUGAGUAAGGCAGGGAUGUCGGGCGCCCGCUCUCGCAACAUCGUCUACUUCUCCCUUUCUGAUGAGGAGGAGAUGUGGCAGGCGGGGUGUCUGGGUGAUGACAGCCCUAUCACUCUCCUGUCCACCGUGGUCAAGUACAACAGCCAGUACCUGAACAUGCGGACACUGCAGGAGCAUGCGGAUCUGAUGUAUGGUGACAUCGAGCUGCUCAAAGACCCGCAGAACCAGCCCUACUUUGCACGGACAGACAGCGUCAAGCGGGAGAGUCGGAGCGGAUCGACCAGAGUGUGCCACGGGAAGAUCUACCAUGAGCACUCCAGGGGCCACAAACAGUGCCCGUACUGCCUCCUCUACAAGUACAUGUACAUCCACCGGCCACCCACCCAGAUGGAGGCCAAGUCCCCCUUCUACCUGACUGCCCGGAAGGAGGCCACAGACGUGGGCAGCGUGUGGUACGAGGAGCAGCGGAUGGGGCUGCGCUCCCUUCGGGGAAUUGUCCCAAACUUAGCCAAGAAGGUCAAACUGGAAAACUGUGAGAACUUCACCUUCGUCUCGUUCACUCAGGUCUCCAGGAGGCUGGGCUCCCACAGCUGCUGCCAGUGAGCCCUCCGGGGCCAGGCCACUGCACUGCCCACCCUCGCAGGGCUCCUCCAGGCCAAGGGCCUCAGCUGAGCCAGGGCUGCCCCUGUGGCCAGGCUGGUGUUCGUGGUGCAGCCUGUUUGUCCUUUGACUUGGAGUUUGUUUUUUAAAUGAAAAUCAAUGAGCCUGAAUAAUUCAGAUGUUUUAUUCAGAUGUGUGUCACCUCUGUUAAAGUACAGAAUCUAACACAGUGUGUAAUUGCUACUUACAAGAGUGAGGAAAUUAAUUUUAUCUAGUGCCUUUUUAGCACAGGUUUUCUCAAAAAAAAAAAAAAAAGAAAAGAAAAGAAAAAAAGAAAGAAAAAAAAGGAAAGAAAAAAAAAGAAAAGAAAAAAAUGCAAACUGUUUAAGUAGUCAUUAAAAAAAGUCCCAGUAGCCUAGUAGCUUUAGAAUGUUUUAAAGGCUAUACAGUUUGUUGAAUUACACUCACGAUAAGGAACUAGACAGCAAGAGGCAGACAUGUUAACCGUUUCCAGGAGAAAAAUUGCACUUUUCACUCCUCCGUAGGUAGUUGGUGGAUAACUGGGUCUUGUAGUGCAAGUGGCCUCGCCUGAGGGAAGAUCCUGGAGUCACGUUAAGUCCUCUGCUGGGGCAGGGGCUGCUCUGGCUGCUCUCAGCAGUGGAAGGAAGAUGGUCUUUGCUGUCAGUGGAGACUAUUUUAGGAAGACAGAUGAAUGCACCAAAAGGGUGUUUGUGAGAACAAGGUUUCCAGUGACCUUGAUGGUUUGUACCAUGAGAGAAUUUCUAGUCAUGAAAGAACAUGGCUUGGAAAAGCCAUCUGUGAUCAAGACGGGGAAACCUCCUGAAGCAGAAGUGCCUACAUUUUAUUUCUCAGUACCCUUGAGAUCUCUUUUCAUUAGAACAUUGUUUGGAGUUGUUUGUUUGUUUUUUAUUCCUUGUGUCAUACGGUGGUUCUGUCAGCAUCUAGCACUGGAUCUGUAAAACAGCUCAAGGUCAUUUUCAGCUGCAGAAAACAAAAAUUCCAAAACAUGUUUAUUAAAGAGCUUCGAAAUAUUUUUGUCAAACUAUGACUUGGCAGCCACAAAAGAUGUCAUCAUUUUAGGUUGGCACCAAUGCUUAUAACGCGAUGAUUUAGGCAACCACCAGGUACGACGCGAGCCCAGCACCGAAGAUGUAGUUGUGCAACCAGAGCAUAAUGAUAGGUUAGGAGUGCAGCUUGAAACCACUCCACUCAGCUAAAAUGCAGCCUGCCACCUGUUAUUUAUACAUCAGGAAAAUUUUUCUUUUCUUUUUUUUUUUUUUUGAGAGGUUUUUGCUAUAGGGCG